UCUCCUUCCACACUGGUCCUGGCGUUCUCCACUGUCAUCCGAGAUCCUCCUCCGCCUCUCACUGUUUACCCACCACCCGCCUGGCAACCGUCUGCGUGCUCGGGAUUACCAGAGGCCUUUUCUUUCAACGCCACCAUCUCAGCCUUCCUUCAGCUGGAUUUCUUUGGGAAUUAGGGGUCUGGAGAUCUGAACUGAGAAGGGCUGUAGAAGAGAGUGGAGACUUCGGCUGCCCACAUCCCUGACUCUUUCUCCUCUCUUCUUUCUUGGGAGUUUCGGUUGAAUCUGACAGGAAAGAGUGGGGGUUUGCAGGACUCCCCACACCAUGGAUCACUCUCUGUUUGGUUGUCUACGCAGCCCUCACGCACCAGCCCAGGGCCUGCACCCCGCCAUCACCCAGUCGCCGCUGACCCUGCAUGGUCGGAGUGACCACAUCUCCUACCUGGAUCUACCCAGCUCUUCGCCCCCCUACAACUACUCUGGUGGAGAGGACAAUGGAGUGUUUGGCAGUCCAGCCCACCGAGGCCACCUGCCCCAGCAGCAGCAUCCCCUCCACCCUCAGCACCCGCCUGGCUGGCCCGUCCCCCUGCAGAUGCCCUCACCUAAUGCUCGGCAAAACGUCUGCCUGCCGCCGCUAGAAGCCACGGCCCCAGACCUCUGCACUGGGAGCCCAAACCUGUGCAGCAUCGACCCAAGUCAGGGCAGCAGUGACCCCACGGGUGCAUCAUGUGUGUCUAGGGAAUAUGGGCAGCAAACUGUGUCUUCAGAAGAUCCAGACAGAAGGAGCCGUAGAGGCAAGAAUGAUAACUCAGAGUCCCAAGACGGGAGCUAUAAGUCAGACAUGAACAGCAAGCCCAGGAAGGAGCGCACAGCCUUCACCAAAGAACAGAUCCGGGAACUGGAGUCAGAGUUUGCACACCACAACUAUUUGACCAGACUGAGACGCUACGAAAUAGCUGUCAACCUCGACCUCACGGAACGACAAGUAAAGGUGUGGUUUCAGAACAGGAGGAUGAAGUGGAAGCGUGUGAAGGGAGGCCAGCAAGGGGCAGCAGCUCUUGAGAAAGAACUGGUGAAUGUGAAAAAGGGGAUCUUACUGCCGUCUGAGUUUUCAGGGAUGGUAGGACGGCAACGCACUGCUAGCUCACCAAGGCCGGCGACAGAGGAGGACAGUCAUGACAGUGACCAGAGUUCAGAGAAUCCUCACCUAUGACACCCAUAGUGGUAUUGGACAGGAAACAUUGGGGAGAUGUAAAGAUCACCUGUAUACAGCUUGCUGUGAGCAAAGCAUCCCAACAGACAAUAACAUGAGUCUCAGAGAACAUUCCAGAGAUGCUUUGUUUUUGGGUUUUGCACUGUCAAGGAUUUGUUGCAGUCAAAUUCUACUGUACUUCAUUGAGCAAUCAGUGAGAGCGUUUAUGUUGGGAGUACAGUGAACUGAAGGACUCAUGCUUUUGAAUUCUAAUAAUUUAUACAGCCAAGGCUGUUACCACCAUAAACUCAAACUACUUAUAAUGUAACUAAAAAUUGUGUUUAUCCUCUUGUCUUGCUUUUCACUCUUUCUAAAAGCUGACAUGCUUUAAUUUGCAAAAACUUGGAUUUUCAAUGCGAAUAAAUCCCAAACAAUUAAAUAAUGCGUUAGUGGCAGUUUGUUAGCAUGGAUACACUACCUUCAUAGGCAAAGCAGUCAGCUGCCCUGAGCUCCUAACAGCCAUAUUUAUUAUGAUGUUUGGACAUAAAAAAUAUAAGAUUAUGUUACUGUACUAUGUCAUACAUCCAUUUUGUAUCACUGUCAAUCUCCCACCAUAUUAUAGAUUCAUUCAAACCUUUAGGUAACCUGCAAUUAAACACAUGUUAGACAUUCCUUAUAUCAUCACUUUAAUGCAAAUUUUGACAGUAAACAGGUGAAAAUGACCAUAUAUUGUAAUAACAAUGAUGUUAAGAUAAAGGUAUGUGACUCAUGAAACAUUUUUAAAAAAAAAAAUGUUUCGAAGUUGUCCUACAGGUGUUCACGUAUGUGGAUUAGCUGCACAUGAUUAUGUUAUUAGCAGAGUGUGUGUUGUUAGCAUGCAUUUGUUCUUAUCUACUGUAUAGCUAAUGCAAAAGGCUAUAGUCCAUCGUAUCUGACAUUUAAAAACCCUGAAGAUUUAUCAGACUACUUUGAGCUGACAACACAGCAUGAAGUCAACUCUAAGUGUACGUUGCACUUUGUCGAAUGGGAGGAUGCUGUUGCCAGACACCGGUGUGCUAUCUUGUUCUUCACCAAGACUGAGAGGCUGGUAAACCUGCAGACGGGACUGAAUUGAGGUACUGCACUUUCAUUUUUGCUCACUCAUUUGAGCGAACCGGCCAUAAGUUUUGGGCCUCACCAUAACCAAGUUUGCAUCAAGCCUGCAACAGGAUUUUUUUUAUUUGUACAUUCCUGAAUGCCAGCUUAGUUGUGUGAUUAAAGGGAUAUUUCAGUGUAAGAUUAAU